AGAAACACUGACAGAACAAACAUAUGUUGGUACUUGCAGGGCAGCUAGACGUUUGCUAUAAACAAUAUAAAUUACUUGUCUAUAAUAAAAUCAUAAUUUUGUUACAUUCACAUUGUCAUCUUUUUUUUUAAGUCUUAUAAAUAAUUAAUUUUGUUUAUCAGCGCAACGAAGAAUGGCAACCCAAAAGCUUUUAGCUUGCGAUUUUGAAGUGUUUGGUAUUGUUCAAGGGGUAUUCUUUCGAAAGUAUACCGAAAAACAAGCUAAAUCUCUGGGAGUACGUGGUUGGUGCAUGAAUACCCGGGAUGGGACAGUAAAAGGCCAACUAGAGGGAGAACUAAACAAAAUUAAUGAAAUGAAGAACUGGCUACAAACAAAAGGAAGUCCUCAGUCACGUAUUGAUAAAGCAGUAUUUAGUGAAGCAAAAGAAAUUGCAAAUUAUUCAUUUAAAGAGUUUGGAAUCAAACGUUAACCUAUUUAAACGAAGUGAAUUGAAAUAAUAAAACAAUAACAAUGCAUUUUUUUCUUAAAUGAUGACCAAAAAUACUCUGACAUUUGUAUCUCCUACUAAAUCGGUUUUAUAUUCGUUCGUUUUUCAAAAAAUAAAAACUAUAUAUGAGAUUCUGCUGUAAUUCAA